AAUAUAUAUAUCAGAAUGCAUAACAGAGAAUAACGAGAUUCUGAGCAAAGUAUAACAAUCAACAUAUUUAGUAGUAAUGGCUCCAGGUCAUCAACAAGAGCAGCAAAACCACCAAGAAGGUGGCCACGCAAAUCUUGCACAGAGUCUUGCUAUUUACAAGGAUAUUCUUGAAACUAAGGAGCCUGAACCAGCAGAGGAACAGCAAAACCUAGUUGGUAGACACCAGGAAAUUGGCCACAAGAGUCUCCUGCAGAGUGAUGCUCUUUACCAGUAUAUACUUGAAACUAGUGUAUAUCCUAGGGAGCCUGAGCCAUUGAAAGAGCUUCGCGAGCUGACAGCAAAUCAUCCAUGGAACAUUAUGACCACUUCAGCUGAUGAAGGGCAAUUCCUGAGUAUGCUAAUUAAGCUCAUCAAUGCUAAAAACACAAUGGAAAUUGGUGUUUAUACUGGUUACUCUCUUCUUGCCACUGCUCUUGCUCUUCCUCAUGAUGGAAAGAUAUUGGCUAUGGAUAUCAAUCGUGAAAACUAUGAACUGGGUCUUCCUGUCAUUGAAAAAGCUGGUCUUGCGCAUAAAAUUGACUUCAGAGAAGGCCCUGCUCUUCCUGUUCUUGAUCAAUUAGUUCAAGAUGAAAAAAACCAUGGCUCGUUCGAUUUUAUCUUUGUGGAUGCUGAUAAGGACAAUUACAUUAACUAUCACAAGAGGACCAUUGAGCUUGUGAAGGUUGGAGGAAUUAUUGGCUACGACAACACUCUAUGGAAUGGGUCUGUGGCUGCACCACCUGAUGCACCCCUAAGGAAAUAUGUUAGGUUUUAUAGGGAUUAUGUCUUGGAGUUCAACAAGGCCAUGGCUGCUGAUCCAAGGAUCGAGAUUUGCCAACUCCCUGUUGGUGAUGGGAUUACUUUGUGCCGCCGCAUUAGCUGAUCAUUUUAAAAUGGCAUAUGUAUAAUCCAUGUUUGGUUGUGCUUAUAAUAUCCAAUAAUCAAAUUCCAAUA